AUGUCAGAGAUCCAACCGAGACAGGUAACGUAUUGUGGAGUAUGCAGCUGGCCACCUGAGUUUUGCGAAUUUGGGAUUCUGCAACAAAAAUGCCAGCAAUGGCUAGAAUCUAGUCAUCCUGACCUUUAUUCUUUGCUUUAUGGAGAUGCUCAUCUCGCCUCAAAAACACUGUCUUUAUCAAUUGACCAAAACAACAAAAUUCAACAAGACAUAGCCAAGAAGCAAGCUAAGGAACAACUUAAGCAGGAGAAGGAACUAGCCAAGAAGAAGUCGUCUAAAAUCACAAUAAAGAGAAUUGAACGGAAUAAAAGAAAACAUAUUAUAUCAAUUAGUGGACUUGAAGUGUUUCAAAUUGACUCAAAGAAAUUGGCUAAAACUUUUGCUAGUAAGUUUGCAACUGGGGCUAGUGUUGUUAAAAACGCUGAAAAGUUGGAUGAAAUAUUGGUGCAGGGGGAUGUCAGUGAUGAGGCUAGGGCGUAUAUUGAGCAAUUGUUGAAGGAUCAACAAGGGUUGGAGGAUGUCAAAGUAGAACAAAUUGACGAGAAAAAGAAGAAGAAAACUGCUGAAGCCACUGCCACAGGUGGUGGUGGUGGUGGUGGUGGUAAUGACAGAUAA